CUAACGCAGGAACGAUCGAAGCAAAAGCAAAGCACUUGCCAUUGGAAGCUGAUCGAUCAACCAGAGUGUUGCUGGUGAGUGUGCCUGCCGGAGCUUGCGUCCGCGAGAUGGCUGUCCUGCCGCGGCGUCCUCGUCUCCUGGCGCUCGUGUGGCUCGCCGUGGCGCUCUUGCUGGCGGCCACGAGCGGCUGCCUCUGCCGGAGCGUUCCGUCCGGGGCGCCGUCCCGCGCGCUCCUGUCGACGCCGUCCAGCUCUCCUCCGCCACCGUCGCCUGACACCCCGGCUCCUCCUCCGCCGUUCCAUUUCCCGCGGCCGAUCUGCCGCCUCUGCCCGCCGCGCUGCCCACCUGAAGGUUGCUCCGGCACCGGCGGCUCCCCAUAAUUUCACACGGUCACCAUGCGUGCAUCAACAUCCAGGCACUUUGAGCUUCGACACACGCCGCACAACGUCCAAGCGGAGUAGCGAUCACGCAUAUGGAUGAACGUGCAUGAUUGGGGCAUGGGCAGGCUAAUCAGUAAUCUCACUACGUUCACACGAGUAAAAUAAAAGCGAAGGAAAGUAUCUGAACUAGCUGGAAUGUAAUACUCUAUCAGUUCGAAAUUAUAGGUCGUUUUGGAUUUUAUAUGUGCAUAGUUUUGACUAUGCAUCUAGGUAUAAUGUAUAUCUAGAUGCAUAAUAAUAUCUUUGAACUUAGAAAAGCUAAAACGACCUACAAUUUGAAAUGGAGCGAGUAGGAGUGAUAAAGAGGUAAUAUGUAUACUUGAAGAAUUUAUUUUCUUUGGAAUCAAGAUUUGACUACUCAAGAUAUAUCAUGGAUUCA